GGCGUCUUGACGUAAUCACUUGCGCUGGGCUGAAGUCAUCCGUUAUCUAAGCGGGAGGGAGUAUAAAGAACACCUGGCGCUCGUUGCGGUCGGGCUUUCUUCCUGUUUUACUUAUUUACGUUCCGUCAUAUCCUCGCACCACCGGAGACUUUCACUACAAGGUCCAAUCACAGGUUUGGACACCCACAUAACCCGACAAUGUUCAUUACUCGACAGCGUCACGCGUUGCUUCUCCACGUCAGCAGGACAGCCACAACGAGCAUCGCCUCCCCAAAGACCCUUCCAUUCUAUCGCCGUACUUCCCCUCAAGUACAAAAUGUCUCCUCCGUUCCUGGUAAGAGCCCGGACGACAUGGGUGGACCUGGAGGCCAGGAACACUUCCCAGAGAGCAAUGGGUUGCGAAGGAGGUAUACCAUCACCACCAUGUAUGGGGUGCUCGCUGCAUGUUUUGUCUUGGUAGCUGCGAGGGUCGCUAGGUUAAACUCGAAAACCGGCUAUGUUUUAGUUCAUGAUUCAUCAAAGGGGGAGCUUGAUGAUGUAAAGUACAUAAAGGUGUCCGAUUUGCCAAAGUCGUAAGGGAAUAGACGUUUUGUGGACGCAAAAAGGCAAAUGUUGUGACGGACAUGAGCGUUGGGUCCCUGCCCGAGAACGGCGCUCGCCGUUUCUACCUCCGCCCCAACUCGGCGAGCUCGGACACGAAAUCCGUCGCAAUCUUACCCAGUCAGCUGACGUUUUCGUUCUGUUUGCCUUCACGACGGAAGAGAAUUGGUCCACCGUCUGUCAGCACAAGAAGAUCGGCACGUACUUUUGCUCGAUUCAUGGAGGUUUUCAGGCCUUCAGCCAAUGCGUGGCACCUG